AUGGCGAUGCAGUAUUUCAAUCAGAUUAAAGACCGCCGACGGCCGUCCCAGAUCUCCAGCUCCCAUAACCCAGUCUUGACUCCCGAAGACGAGGCAUUUUUGACAAAGGUGACAUCGGAUCCCGAGACUCAGCCAGAACCGGUCCCUCAGAAUGAGUCCAGGCCACUAGAAGGUCCCGCAGGUGAUUCUGGUGCCCUGGUCGCCGACAACAAACCACACGAAGCUACAUCCGCGGCAGCUCCAGCGGAAGAGCUCGGAAAGCAGCUGGGUGAAGCAGAAAGGUUGAAGGAGGAGCAAAAGAUUGGCGUUAAGAAAGACACUGAACCUGUCAAAUCAAACGUGGCACCUACUGCCGAUAAGAAGAAGAACCGAUGGAGCUCUAUGCUCUGGAAGAAAAGUGCAGCCUCCAAAAAGCCGUCCUCGACAGCCAAUGAUGCCACACCGAGCGCCACCGAGGCGCGUCAGGAACAAGAAGACAUGACCGACAUUCUCGAUCGUCUGAACCUCGCUGCAGACAACAAUCGAGUAUUCUCAUUGAGCGAUGAGACACAAGAACUCUUACGGAAGUUCAAAUUUGUCUUUAAGGAUCUUGUGAACGGCGUUCCAACCGCGUACAAUGAUCUGGAGAUGCUCUUGACAAAUGGCAAUCGCCAGUUGCAAGAAACGUACACAAAGCUCCCUACCUUUAUGCAGAAGCUGAUCGAGAAGCUUCCGCAAAAGUGGACGGAUGCGCUGGCUCCAGAGAUGCUUGCGGUCGCCAGUGAACGUGCUGGCCGAACCGGUAUCAAUAUGGAAAAUGUCGGCAAAGCAGCUUCGAUGGCGCAAAAGGCUGGCCUCAACGUGCCCAGUCUCAAGGAAUUGGUGUCCAAGCCCGCCGCUAUCGCCGGCAUGCUACGAUCGAUUAUGGAGUUCUUGAAGGCUCGAUUCCCCGCUGUGUUGGGGAUGAACGUGCUGUGGUCGCUAGCACUCUUCUUGUUGCUCUUCGUCCUCUGGUACUGCCACAAGCGAGGACGAGAGGUUCGUCUCGAGAACGAGCGCCUGGUCACUGAGGAAGAGAUCAGAAUGCUGAACGAGGAGACCUCGGAGACUCCGAUUCGCCCAUCCCAGACAUUGCUCACCGUGGCGCCCCAGGGCGCAUCAGCGGAGGAAGUUCGAGAAGGUGUGAAGAAAGUGGAAGAAGCUAAAGCUGCAGCAGAGAAAGAGGACGCCAACGCUGCGACGGAAAAAGAGGCAGCCAGCGAAGCCCCAUCCACUGCCUCUCAACCAGCAGCUGUGCCUGAACCCGGGCCCGAGCCAUCGGAGUCUCGUACAGCUGCAGAGACUUCGACCAGCGCAGCUCCUCGCCCUGCAGCGGUCCCUACCCGCACCAAGUCAUUCCUCUCCAUGUGGUCUCGAACCAAGUCUGAUUCGAGCUCAAGCAAGGUCUCGCCGUAUCCAGGUACCUAG